AUGGCGGGUCGACUCGGGGGCAUGAUGCCCAAUGCGCCCAUCAUCCUGCUGCGCGAAGACACGGAUGUGUCGCAGGGUACGUCGCAGCUGCUGCACAACAUCGGCGCGUGCACGUCGAUCGUAUCGUGCGUCGCCUCGACGCUCGGCCCGCGCGGCAUGGACAAGCUGAUCGUCAACGAGCGCGGGCAGGCGACCAUCUCCAACGACGGCGCCACGAUCCUCAAGCUGCUCGACAUCGUGCACCCGGCUGCCAAGACGCUCGUCGACAUUGCACGCGCCCAGGACGCCGAGGUGGGCGACGGAACCACCUCGGUGGUGCUGCUCGCCGGCGAGAUGCUCAAGGAGGCCAAGCCGUUUAUCGAGGAGGGCGUCGCACCGCACGUCAUCAUUAAGGGCUACCGCAAGGCGGUGCAGCUCGCGGUGGAGCGCAUCAACGAGAUUGCCGUCACCAUCGACAAGUCCGACAAGCAGGCGUUCUACGACCUGCUGCUCAAGUGCGCCGGCACCAGCAUGUCGUCCAAGCUCAUCGUCUCGCAGCGUCCCUUCUUCAGCAAGAUGGUCGUCGACGCCGUCAUGGCGCUCGACCAGGACGACCUCGACCAGAGCCUCAUCGGCAUGAAGAAGGUGCCCGGCGGCGGCAUGCAGGAUUCGCUGCUCGUGCACGGCGUCGCAUUCAAAAAGACGUUCGCCUACGCCGGCUUCGAACAGCAGCCCAAGAGCUUCACCAACCCCAAGGUGCUCUGCCUCAACGUCGAGCUCGAGCUCAAGGCGGAGAAGGACAAUGCCGAGGUGCGCAUCAACGAGGUCGCCGAGUACCAGGCGGUGGUGGAUGCCGAGUGGCAGAUCAUCUUCAACAAGCUCGAGGCGAUCGUCAAGACGGGCGCCAAGGUGGUGCUUUCCAAGCUGCCCAUUGGCGAUUUGGCGACGCAGUACUUUGCGGACCGCGACAUCUUCUGUGCGGGGCGUGUUCCGGCGGACGACAUGAAGCGCGUGGUGCAGGCGGUGGGCGGAUCGGUGCAGAGCACGUGUUCGGACAUUGGCGACAAGCACCUGGGCACGUGUGGCCGCUUCGAGGAGCGCCAGAUCGGCGGCGAACGCUUCAACAUCUUUGAGGAGUGUCCGCAGGCCAAGACGUGCACGCUUGUGCUGCGCGGAGGUGCCGAGCAGUUCAUUGCCGAGGUGGAGCGUUCGCUGCACGACGCCAUCAUGAUCGUGCGCCGCGCGAUCAAGAACAGCCACGUCGUCGCCGGCGGUGGCGCCACCGAGAUGGAGCUAUCCAAGUACCUGCGCGACUACUCGCGCACCAUCCAGGGCAAGCAGCAGCUCGUGAUUGGUGCGUUUGCAAAGGCGCUCGAAUGCAUCCCGCGCCAGCUCGCCGACAAUGCCGGCUUCGACGCCACCGACCUGCUCAACCGCCUCAGGAUGAAGCACGCCCAGGGCGCACAGUGGGAGGGCAUCGACAUUGAUGCAGAGGACACCGCCGACCUCAUGGAAAAGUUCGUGUGGGAACCCAGCCUGGUUAGGAUCAACGCGCUCCAGUCCGCCGCCGAAGCCGCGUGUCUGAUCCUCAGCGUCGACGAGACCAUCCGCAACCAGGCGAGCGAAAAGGCCCAGCCGGGCCCAAAGGCGCCCCCCGGAACCAUGCAGAAGGCGCUCCGUGGCCGUGUCCCGCGCCGCUAG